CACAACCAAUAACUCUUCUUCUUCUUCUAUGACUUUAUAGUAAGUUGUUACCCUCUGAUCUUGAAAACCUAAUUAUAUUAAUCCUCUCUAUUUGUAAUCUUUGGUCGUCGUUGUCUUCUUCUUCCGGAGUUGCGGUGGUCGUCGUCGCCAUUAGUGCUCCAACAUGGGCGGAAUCAGCCUUGAGGAGAUCAAGAACGAGAACGUCGAUCUGGAACAUAUUCCAGUAGACGAAGUGUUUGAGCAGCUGAAAUGUUCCAGAGAAGGUUUAUCACAGGACGAAGGAGCCAGCAGGCUUCAAGUCUUUGGACCAAACAAAUUGGAAGAGAAAAAGGAAAGCAAGUUUCUUAAGUUCUUGGGUUUUAUGUGGAAUCCACUAUCAUGGGUGAUGGAAGCUGCUGCCAUUAUGGCCAUUGCUCUUGCAAAUGGUGGUGGAAGGCCACCGGAUUGGCAGGAUUUUGUUGGUAUCAUUGCUCUCUUGUUCAUUAACUCUACAAUCAGUUUCAUUGAGGAAAACAAUGCUGGUAAUGCAGCUGCUGCACUCAUGGCUGGUUUAGCCCCCAAAACCAAGGUUCUGAGAGAUGGCAAAUGGACUGAACAAGAUGCUGCUAUUUUGGUCCCAGGAGACAUAAUCAGCAUCAAAUUGGGAGAUAUCAUCCCGGCCGAUGCGCGUCUUCUGGAGGGUGAUGCUCUGAGUGUUGAUCAGUCUGCUUUAACCGGAGAAUCUCUUCCGGUGACAAAGAAUCCUCACGAUGAAGUGUUUUCCGGGUCAACUGUUAAGAAGGGUGAGAUUGAAGCAGUUGUGAUUGCCACUGGUGUCCACACCUUCUUUGGUAAAGCAGCUCAUCUUGUUGACAGCACCAAUCAAGUUGGUCACUUCCAGAAAGUUCUUACAGCCAUUGGUAACUUCUGCAUUUGCUCAAUUGCUGUUGGGAUAGCCAUUGAGCUCAUAGUCAUGUAUCCGAUUCAGCACAGAAAGUACAGGGAUGGGAUUGACAACCUGUUGGUUCUCUUGAUUGGAGGGAUCCCUAUUGCCAUGCCAACUGUGUUGUCUGUCACUAUGGCUAUUGGUUCUCACAGGCUUUCCCAGCAAGGUGCAAUCACAAAGAGAAUGACAGCUAUCGAGGAAAUGGCGGGUAUGGAUGUUCUCUGCAGUGACAAAACUGGGACUCUCACACUCAACAAGCUGACUGUUGAUAAAAACCUGAUUGAGGUUUUUGCAAAGGGUGUUGAGAAGGAUCAUGUUAUCCUUCUUGCUGCAAGGGCUUCUAGGACUGAGAAUCAAGAUGCUAUUGAUGCCGCAAUUGUUGGUAUGCUUGCUGAUCCAAAGGAGGCAAGAGCUGGAAUCAGGGAGGUCCAUUUUUUCCCUUUCAAUCCUGUAGACAAGAGGACUGCUCUAACUUACAUUGAUUCUGAUGGAAAUUGGCAUAGAUCCAGCAAAGGUGCUCCUGAGCAGAUAUUGAACCUCUGCAACUGCAAAGAGGAUGUGAGGAGAAAGGCUCAUGCAAUUAUUGAUAAGUUUGCCGAGCGUGGGCUCCGAUCUUUGGGAGUUGCUAGACAGGAAGUACCUGAGAAAUCAAAAGAUGCUCCUGGUGCACCAUGGCAAUUUGUUGCGCUGCUACCACUGUUUGAUCCUCCCAGGCAUGAUAGCGCUGAAACCAUCACAAGAGCCCUGAACCUUGGUGUUAAUGUAAAAAUGAUUACUGGUGAUCAGCUUGCUAUUGCCAAGGAAACUGGAAGAAGGCUUGGCAUGGGAACAAACAUGUACCCUUCAUCCUCAUUACUUGGUCAAAGCAAGGAUGCUGCAGUUUCAGCUCUUCCAGUUGAUGAGUUGAUUGAGAAAGCUGAUGGAUUUGCUGGAGUGUUUCCCGAACACAAAUAUGAAAUUGUUAAGAGGCUGCAAGACAGGAAGCAUAUAUGUGGAAUGACAGGUGAUGGUGUCAACGACGCCCCUGCAUUAAAGAGAGCAGAUAUUGGAAUUGCUGUUGCUGAUGCUACAGAUGCUGCUAGAAGUGCUUCUGAUAUUGUCCUCACUGAACCUGGUCUUAGUGUCAUUAUUAGUGCAGUCCUCACCAGCAGGGCAAUUUUCCAAAGGAUGAAGAACUAUACCAUAUAUGCAGUGUCAAUCACCAUUCGUAUUGUGUUUGGUUUCAUGUUUAUUGCAUUGAUUUGGAAGUUUGAUUUUGCACCCUUUAUGGUAUUGAUCAUUGCCAUACUUAAUGAUGGUACCAUUAUGACAAUAUCCAAGGAUAGAGUGAAACCAUCCCCACAACCUGAUAGCUGGAAACUGAAGGAGAUAUUCGCUACUGGUAUUGUGCUUGGAAGUUACCUGGCACUAAUGACAGUAGUAUUUUUCUGGCUUAUGAAGGACACUGACUUCUUCUCGGACAAGUUUGGUGUAAGGUCUCUGAGACACAGCCCUGCAGAAAUGAUGGCAGCCCUUUACCUACAAGUCAGUAUUAUUAGCCAGGCACUGAUUUUCGUCACUAGGUCACGCAGUUGGUCCUAUGUUGAAAGACCUGGUCUUCUUCUAUUGGGUGCUUUCAUGAUUGCUCAGCUGGUGGCAACUGCUCUUGCAGUAUAUGCUAACUGGAGCUUUGCAAGAAUCAAGGGAAUGGGAUGGGGUUGGGCUGGUGUAAUCUGGCUCUACAGUUUAGUGACUUAUGUGCCUCUUGAUUUGCUUAAAUUCGCAAUCCGCUAUGCUCUUAGUGGCAAGGCCUGGGAUAAUCUUUUGGAGAACAAGACUGCAUUCACCACAAAGAAAGACUAUGGCAAAGAAGAGAGAGAGGCACAAUGGGCUGCUGCACAGAGAACUCUUCAUGGUCUUCAGCCACCAGAAACAACCAAUCUUUUCAAUGACAAGAAUAGCUACAGGGAACUUUCAGAGAUUGCUGAGCAAGCAAAAAGACGUGCUGAGGUUGCAAGGCUGAGGGAGCUUCACACUCUAAAGGGUCAUGUUGAGUCAGUUGUGAAGCUGAAGGGACUUGACAUUGACACAAUCCAGCAGCAUUACACUGUUUGAGGAAGAAACCUUGUCAGUUCUUUUGUCCAAGGCCACAACAUAAUAUGAUGAUGAAAGACCUAAGUUAAUCCAUCUUUAGAUUUCAUUUCGGUCCUUUAUUUUGUGGAAAAAAAAAAAAUUGAAUGGUUACACUCCCCUAUCUCACCACCCCAUGUUUAUGAUAGCAGCAGGAGGAGAUGCUAUUCUCUUUAGGUACCAAAUAAUAUCGUUGAUAGGGUUGCUUUUUCUUUUGUUAAGAACGUUCAUCUCAUAAGUUCAUAUUAAAGCUCAAUACUUUUUGGAUCUUCA